GGAAUGAGUAAAGGCUGAACGACCAACCCUGAUCCAAACUUUUGUCACCAAGAACUCGUCUAAUUUGUUACACUCAUGCUUUGAUAGGUACGGAAUCGAAAUGGCAUCUAGAGCACUAUAUUCGCCUAGGCAUCCGAUGCUGAAGAAGCGGGAUGAUUUUGAGGACGUUUUGGAGGAGAGACGGCGCUGCAGUGAUCUGAGAUACGCAUUAAAAUGUUACACUCCAACUUACAAAGGACUGGUGCCCUGCAAAGCCAGUGUCCUGAAAACCAUCGUUCUGCAGUCCGACCAUCUGCAAUAUGUUAUCAAACAGGUUUCAUCCGAAUCAGGAGACAGCCCUGAGUGUGUUACAGAGGAAGCGUUGUUGAUUCUGGAUGAAAUGGCUCACCGUCUGCAGCUCAGCACAGUUCGCUUCUUCGCCUUUACACUCAGCAAAGCCUUCAAGUGCCUCUUCCGCAGCGUGUGUGUCAAUGAAGAGGGCAUCCAGAGGCUCCAGCAGGCUGUACAGGAACACCCAGUGGUUCUUCUGCCCAGUCACCGCAGCUAUAUGGACUUCCUGAUGAUGUCAUAUAUACUGUACACGUACGACCUUCCCCUGCCGGUGAUCGCAGCUGGAAUGGAUUUCAUGAGCAUGAAGUUUAUCGGUGAGAUGCUGCGUAUGUCAGGAGCGUUUUUCAUCCGCCGGUCGUUUGGAGGAGAUAAACUUUACUGGGCUGUCUUCUCCGAGUAUGUGAAGACCAUGCUAAGGAAUGGAUAUGCCCCAAUUGAGUUCUUCUUGGAAGGAACAAGAAGCCGGACAUGUAAAUCACUCACACCAAAGACAGGGCUGCUGAAUAUUGUGAUGGAGCCGUUUUUUAAAGGGGAGCUGUUUGACGUCAAUCUGGUUCCUGUCAGCAUCAGCUACGAGAGGAUCCUGGAGGAGUCUCUGUACGCCCGCGAGCUGCUCGGUGUCCCCAAACCCAAAGAGUCAACCUCUGGUCUGCUGAAGGCUCGGCGGGUGUUGAGUGAGGACUAUGGCAGUAUGCACGUGUACUUUGGUCAGCCAGUAUCUGUGCGUAGUCUGGCAGAACGAAAGAUAAACCGCUCUCAAUACAACCUGCUGCCCAGGCAUAUUCCUCAGAAGCCCAACACAGACACUCAUGAGUUUCUAACUGACGCUGGGUUUCGUCUGGUGCGAAUGCAGGAGGAGAACAUGGUUCUGAAGCCCUGGGUUCUUAUUGCCACACUGCUGCUUCACACUGACGGUCUGGAUCUGUCCUCUCUUACUGAACAGACAGACUGGCUCAGACAUCUCGCGCUGGCUUUUGGAGCUUUCCUGGACUGGCCUGAUCACGAGUCCUGCACUGAAGUCAUCCGCAGUAGUUUGACUCUGCACAGACACCUGUUAAGUGUUCCCGCAGGACACGUUCAGCUGAGCGCCACAGACUCGUCGCAGGUUCAGAUGAGCGCAGAAGAAGCCGUGUUUCACAGAGCGGUCGUUGUGCUCUCCUGCGCCUCCUACAGGAACCAGAUCCUCCACGUGUUUUUGAGACCUGCUCUGUUAGCCGUCGCCAUGCAAAGCACAAACUCCAGUAGAAAAGAUGACAUCUUCAACUGUUUCAGCUUCCUGAGGAACAUGUUCUCCAAUGAAUUUAUCCUGUGUCCUGGGGACUCAGUGCAGGACUUUGAAGAAGCCUGUUAUUUGCUGAUGAAGCGUGGGGUGUUGCAGGUAUUAGAGCAUGAAAUUGUGAUGUCAGCGAAUGGUCACAGCACCCUCGCUUUCCUGUGCACCGUUCUGGACCCCUUCCUUCAAGGAUACCAGGUGGUUUGCCGAUAUCUAUGUGAGGAGACUAAUGACAACCUGACAGAAAAGGAGUUUAUUCCCGGCGUGAGGGACUUUGCUCUGAAACUCAUAUUAGAAGGUCGUCUGAUGUGUUAUGAGGUUUUAUCCUCGGACCUGCAGAAGAAUGUUCUAGCAGCGCUAUUGAGACUCAACGCUGUGAGGAAGCUCAAAGUAGGAGAUCUGGUGACGCUGAAGGUGAACAAGAUUGCGGUGAACUCAUUGGAGGACACUCUGGGAGGUAAAAUUCCUACCCAGAAGCCCAUGCUUGCUCGGCUGUAGCACGUGUGGAGUCUCUGGAGGCCCAAACCAAACUUGACUGCCUUCAUUACCAUAAUGCCAAAUUUUGCAAGGUGGCAGUGGCUUCGCUGACUACAAAGGUGACCUGUCAUGGAGCUUUAAAGGGACGUCACGGGGUCUGCCAUCUGGGACGCCCCUGCUGCGCUUAUACAAGCUCUCUUUUAUCUCUGAUCCUCCUUCUGCAAUCCUGACAGGAGGUUUGUGCGUCUGCGAUCGGCCUUCGAUCUUUAUCAGACGACUUUUAAACUGCUCUGAUGUCGCCAAACAUAUGAAGACAGCGAUGAUUUUUUUCAUUUCCGUGUUUGAACAUUCAUCCACGAGCGUUUUAUGUGUGUCAGCACUAAAGAGCUUUCGCUUUAAUGGGAAACACUGUUACUGUUUGUUCUCACUGGAUUUGGCUCUGUUAUCUUUUCACGGUGACAGAUUUGAUAUUUUCUUAUGUGCAAGAUCGAGUUGCAUUUGCUACGGAUCAAAGUUUUUUGGGGGGAUCGUGUUACAAAAAUAGGUCACUCCAAAGUGUGUUCAAUGCUAAAAAAAGUAAAGUUGUUGUUAAAGAAAUAGUUCAUCCAGAUAUAAAAAUGGAGGCUGAAUAAAAACAUCACAAUAAUCUACAACACCACUCCUGGAGAUCAGUUAAAGGAAUGGUUAACCCUAAAAUGAAAAUUAACCUAUAAUUUACUCGCCCUAAAACUAUUCUCUGUGUAUAUGACUAAAUGUUGUCAGACGAUCACAGUUGGAGUAGUUUUAAAUCUAAUCCUAGCUCUUCAGUGCUGUAUAAUGGUGUUGAAUGGUGACUUUUAUUUCGAAGCUUCCAAAAGUGCAUAAAUCUGUAAUAAAACGAACCCAUACUCUAGGAGAGGGUUAACGCUUGUCAAAAUUACCCCGUAGUUUACUCUCCCUAAAGCUAUUAUGUGUGUAUAUGACUUUCUUUUGUCAGACGAACACAGUUGGAGUAGUUUUAUAAAUAAUCUUAGCUCUUCAAGGCAGUAUGAUGGUGUUGGAUGGUGACUUUUAUUUUGAAGUUUCCAAAAGUGCAUAAAUCCUUCAUAAAAAUAACCCAUACACUAUGAAAGGGUUAACACGUGUCAAAAUUACCCCAUAAUUUACUCACUGUCAAACUAUUCUAUAUAUAUAUGACUUUCUUUAGUCAGACAAAUAGUCAGAGUAGUUUUAUAAAUAAUCCUGGCUCUUCAAUGCUGUAAAAUGGUGUUUGAUAGUGACUUUUAUUUUAAAGCUUCCAAAAAGUGCAUAAAUCUGUCAUAAAAAUAAUUUAUAAAGUACAAGAGGGUGAACACGUCAAAUUUACCCCAUAAUUUAAUCUCCCUCAAGCUAUUUUCGGUUGAAAUGACUUCCUUUUUUCAGUCGAUCACAGUCGGAGUAGUUUUAAUCUAAUCCUGGCUCUUCAAUGCUGUUUAAUGGGGUUGGAUAGUGACUUUUAUUUUGAAGCUUCCAAAAGUGCAUAAAUCCCUUCAUAAAAUUAACCCAUACACUAGGAGAGGGUUAACGCAUGUCAAAAUUACCCCAUAAUUUACUUACCGUCAAACUAUUCUCUCCAUAUAUGACUUUCUUUAGUCAGACAACCACAGUCGGGGUAGUUUCAUAAAUAAUCCUAGCUCUUCAACGCUGUAAAAUUGUGAUGGAUAGUGACUAUUAUUUUGAAGCUUUCAAAAGUGCAUAAAUCCCUGGUAAAAUUCACCCAUACACUAUGGAAGGGUUAACACUUGUCCAAAAUUCCCCAUAAUUUACUUACCAUCAAAUUAUUUUCAAUAUAUAUGACUCUCUUUAGUCAGAGAAACACAGUCGGAGUAGUUUUAUAAAUAAUCCUAGCUCUUCAAUGCUGUAAAAUGGUGUUGGAUUUAUUUUGUAGCUUUCAAAAUCGCAUAAAUCCCUCGUAAAAUUAACUCUUACACUAGGAGAGGGUUAACGCAUGUCAAAAUUACCCCAUAAUUUACUCUUCAUAAAACUAUUCUGGUUGUAUAUGACUUUAUUUUGUCAGACGAUCACUAGUCGGAGUAGUUUUAAAUCUAAUCUUAGCUCUUAAUGGUGACUUUUAUUUUGAAGCUUCCAAAAGCACAUAAAUCGGUCAUAAAAAUAACGUGUACAAUGCAAGAGUGUUAACACAUGUCUGAUGAAGCGAAUUGAUGUGUUUUUGUAACAGAAAUACUUCUAAUGUUUUUGUUUUAAUAUCAAAUCGCUGACUUAUGUCAGCUGCCAAAUACACGUUCUCGACAACUUCUCUAAUAUUGUAAAUUCUCGUUUUAGUUUCAGUUGGUUACUGUUAUGGUUACUGUUGUUUAGCUAUCCUUGUUCAUCUACUCUCACUGGAGCUUCCACUACUAAUACGGUUAAUGUAAUUAGGCAGUCGUGCAUCACGCGGCAUUAUGAAUGCGUCUUACGAACAUACAGAAGUCUGUGAUGGAAGUUUGUAAUUACAUUUUUUAAAAAUUUGUCUAGUGCUGGGCAAAGACUAAUCGUGAUUAAUCGCAUCCAAAAUAAAUAAAUAUAUGUGUAUUAUAUAUUUUUACUAUGUAUAUGUAAUACACACACACACACAUAAUAAAAACAAAACUAUACACAUUUUUUUGGCAUAGAUAUUUACAUUUAUAUAUAAUUAGUAUUAUAUAUUUUACACACAAUAAACAUUUUCUCAAGUAUAAAAAUGCAUGUGUGUAAAUAAAUAUACACAGUACACGCACAUGUAUACACGUACACGUCUUAUGUCAAAACAAACUUUUAUUUUGGAUGCAGUUAAUCACGUUUAAUCUUUUCCCAGCACUAAUAGGUGCAUUAACCCCCUGGCUGUGAAUGGAUUAAUUUUAUGGCAAAUUUAUGAGCUUUUUGGAAGCUUCAAUAUAAAAGUCAUUAUCCAACACCAUUGUACAUCAUAGAAGAGCCAGGAUAAAUAUGAAAAAUACUCUCACUAGUGUUUGUCUGACUGAAGAAAUUUGCAUAGACUGAUGAUGGCUUGAGUGUGAGUAAAUAAUGGGGUAAUUUUCAUUUUUGGGUAAAAUAGUCCUUUAAAAUCUAGUGAAGCACAAAGCGGUCUUUUUGUGAGAAACACGUUCAUCAUUAAGAUACCCUCUGGAUUAUUUGAUAGGCUUUUAUAAUGGGGGCUUUCAAUUUCUGAGUUAUAAAAAUCAAUAAUCAAAUCAAAACGUUUCAAGUAAUGUUGGUGUUAAAUACAGGACGUGUUUGAGGAGAUUCUGUGCGGUUUGCUUUUUACAGCAAAUUAUUAAAGUUUCGUAAAAUUACAUUUUACCACAGAACUAAUGUUACUAAAUGGAAAUAAGUAUAUAUUUUGAAAUUAUUUAUAAAAAGGAUAAAAGACUACAGAAAACCGGAUUUUAACACCAGGAUUACAGCACUCUAUUUAUUCUUUUGGUUAAAAUAUAUAUAUAUUUUCCAUGGUUAAAUUCUUUCAUCCAUAAUAUUAGAUAGUAAUAGAAGAUGAUUGCUUUAAUUACAGGAAGCAUUAUUUUGAAUUACUGUAUGGCCUCAAUAUUUUGGUCAGAAAUGAUAGUUUUGAGUUGAGGUAAAUCAAUUAUUAUGAAUAUAAUUUAACCAUUAAUGAACAUUAAUUAACAUUAAACUUAAAACUGUCGUUCCCUCAAGAUUUUCUUAAAAAUGUGAGAUUAUAAAGCUUAUAUAUUAAGUUCUAAGUCUAUAAGUUAAAUUACUUAUUAUAUACUUUUACAUUAACUUAAAGUAAACAUCUCUGUGGAUUUGUUUCUUACAAACAUUCAGCUUUUUGAUUUACAAGAUACUAACUGAUGAUGUAACUUUAUUAUUAUGAUUUAUGGACAAACAAUCUCUUAUACAUGUCUUAUACAUGUCAAGUGGACUUCACUACAUUUCAAUAAAUAUGUAUAAGUACAGAAUAUAUUUGAGUAAACUAUUUCUUUAUCAAAAAGGCUGCCAAAUAUGGAGAUUCUUUAAUGCCAAAAUAGUGCUUACAUGCUGUUUACAAAAACUAGCUUUUCUGCUUAUGCAAAAUAACAGGAUCAAAGCAUAUCACUGCUUAUUUUGGAUAUUUCACAGUUUCUUUUUAUUAUUAAACUGAUCAGCCAAGGCAGAGGCAUGUAGCAAACUGCUGAAUCUCUGUUUUUAUGCUGAUGUGAACAACCCCGUAAUGUUUAUUUCAAAUUAAUACAUUUAUUAUUCAGAAUUAAUGAAUUAAGAACUGUAUACGGUUCAGUUUUAGGUCACCUGUGCGAAACCAAAACUGAUACAGCAACAAAGUUUAGAUAUAUUUAUGUGUUGACACUCUUUUUAGAAAGAAUUUUGAAUGGGAAUGCAGGUAUAUUUUCUAUCCCAUAGUUUGGUCGUCAGGUGUUAUUUAUUAGUUGUCAUUUCAUGGAUGAUGCAAAUAUAAAACUCAAGCCAUAAGUAAAGCCAUAUAGCGUUCAUCCACACAAUUCUUGCACACUUCAUCAAAUUAUGUAAAAAAUAAAAAGAGAAAGAAGGUGAAACCAUAUUUAUGUUUACACCGACAAGCAGCUUUUUACAUAAUUAGAUGAAUUCAUCUUGUGGAUUGAAAAGGUUUUGAGAGGAUCUGUGGAAAUCACUCUCAUUUGUUUGGAUUAUGUUUAUGGAUUGUGUGUUUAUUAAUGUUAAUAUUGUGAUUUGAAACUUUGUGUCUAAUCAGUUCUGAAGUAAUGCCACUAAAGCAAAAGAUUUUGCAUUAAAGGAUUUAAUUCAA